GAGCCAGCCGGGGAGGAGACGAUGCCCUCGGAUCUGCUGACCCCCUUCGUGGAGCUGGACGAGCCUCUGUGCCAGGCCUUCCUGAGGCUGAACGUGGGGGAGGAGCCUGGCCCCGCGGCGAGAUGCCCGGUGGGAUACCAGCGCGCCUUCUCCGCCUGCCCAGCAGCACCGUCCGGCAGCGCUGAUCCCCUGGAGGAUGCCCUCGGUGCCUCGGAUGCCCUCUGGUCUCUCCCCGGCCAGUGGGGCUGGGCCCCGGCGUUGCCCCGCACCAGCCUCCAGCGCAUCCCAUUCCGGGCGGAGCGCUCGGCCAGCGUAAUCGAGGGCUGCCGGGAGGGGGCAGCGGCCACCUCGUCUCGCUACAAGACGGAGCUGUGCCGCACCUACGAGGAGAGCGGGGUCUGCAAGUACGGGGCCAAGUGCCAGUUCGCCCACGGGGCCGGGGAGCUGCGAGGCCUGAGCCGGCACCCCAAGUACAAGACAGAGCUGUGCCGGACCUUCCACACGGCCGGCUUCUGCCCCUAUGGCUCCCGCUGCCACUUCAUCCACAACGCCGACGAGCAGCGCCAGCCCCCGCGCCUGGGGGGCCGCUCCCCCUCCUUCUCCCGCAGUGCAUCCCUGUCGCCCUCGCCACCCGCCCCCGGGUCCUGCCACUGCCGCCGCCCUGCCAGGGAGCCCCCCUUGGCCUUCCCGGCCACCGCCACUCUGGGCCAGGACGGAGCAGGUGGGGCCCCGGCUGCCCCCGAUGCCUUCGUCUUCCCCGGGCAGCUGUUGCUGCAGAGGAGCCCUUCCUCCGACUCCCUCUCGGAUCAGGAGGAUUCGGGAGGCAGCAGCGGGUCGGAGUCCCCGGGACUGGGGCCCAGCGGGCGCCGGCUCCCCAUCUUCAGUCGCCUGUCCAUCUCCGACUAGCGGGUGUGCAGCGACCCUCCAGCGUGGGCCCUGCCCCCCACCCGCUGCUGGGGCUAACACAGGUCGCUGCCUCUCUGCCUAGAGGCUGGGGCAGGUGGGGAGCUACUGUAUCAGGUCAGAGCUGAAGGGGUUAAUCGGUUCCAGGUUGAGCGUGUUGGGGCAAAAACCUUGGCCCUGCCCCCCUCUGGGACCAUGUGAUCAAUAGCCCAUGGGCCAGAUCUUCUCCUGGUGUAAAUCUGGGCUCAUUCCAUUCUACUCCCAGAGGAGUCCCACCCCUGUAUUGCAGAAGGGGAGAGGAGAACUAGGCCUGGGAAGGGGGGGAUGCUUCUCUUCUCCCCCCCCUGCCCAUCACAUGCCUCAUACCAUUGCAUCUACCAGUGCAUAUUGCUGCUGGAUGGGACCAGGGAUAGUCUCGUAACCAACAGUGCAAGGAGGAAAAACCUCUCCCCGGCUUUCACUGGUGAACACAGUCAGUCAGGGCUAUUUUUGCUUGGGGGCGGGGGAGGCAGAGACCUCCUGACCUCCACAUCUCUGCAGCCUGGGUCUGUGGGUAGAUUCUGAGUCAGAUCUCCUGACCCAGAGGCCACUGCUGGAAACUCAGAUGCGUGGGACCUUGUCUUCCAAAACAAACAAAAAAAACACUUUCCUUUUUUAACACAAAUAGUUGCUAUGAUAGGGGUUUUUUUGUGUGUGUGUGGGCCUGAUUCUGCUGCUCUGCAUCUCGUGUGGGUAUUUCCACCGGAGCCGGACGCUGCUGUGAGCUGCAGAGCUGGUGUGAACCGGUAGCUCCUUCUGUAAGCUUUUGGGGAGCCUCUGGUGCCCCGGCUUUGGACCAGCACAGGAGGGUGGAUGUGAAGUGAAAUGGACGUGGUGUUGAAGCUGACAGGCCUCAUGUCUCUGAGUGGCCUAGGGCAGGGGAGGUGGGGAACCGAAAAGAAACCGCUUUUCAUUUCUCAUUCCCUCAGGGUGGGCUGCUGGUGGUAGGAGGGUUGUAGUUUUAAACAGAUCGUGACCUGUAUCUGAGAGCCCUUCUGAAUGUCCUGAACGAGCCGUGUGGCCUUGCUGACCACCAGUUGCAGCUGGGGGGAUUGAGUCUGCCCACUUGGUGCUACUCUCCCUCAGGCUCGAACACCCAAGUGCUAUUGAUCUUGGAGGGGUUGGUUGCCACCAUGUGGGGCUUGAUGUGACUUAAACUUGCCUGUCAAACUCCGUGCAGGCUGGCUCGCAUCUUGCCAGCAGAGUGUGCUAGGCUCCAACAAGGAAGAGGGUGUUUGGAUCGUCUCCCGCCCUUGGUGUCCAGAUAAGUAAACUGGGAUGUGAUUCCCCUCCUCUCCUCCCACCCCCAUGACAUCCCAGGUUGGGAGUCCAUGUCCUGAGUCUUCCAUUUGGAAAGUGAUUUCUCCUCCCAAAUUCAUCCUAACUUGGCUGGCCUGCCAGAUUUCUGCCCCCAGCCCCUCUAAUCUCCUCCCGAGUGGUCUGGAUCCUCGUGGCUAGAAGGUAGAGCUGCCUCUUUGCAUGUCAAGCUGGUAGAAUAUGGCAGGAAAUUACCCAGUCUGGGGGGCUGUCUGGGAAGAGGCAGAGCUGGAGUUCACCCUACCCACCAUCUGUCCCAGGCCAGAUUUCUCCAGAUAGCUCUGUUCCUGCCCACAUUCUAGCACAAGGAAGGGACAGAUUCUUGCUCAUAAGUCGUCUGCUCUGAACUAAGCUGUUCAAACAUCCAAACUCAACGGCCAAAACCUGCCUGUUUGGGAGCCGAGACCUUCAGCGAAGCUGACCCGGAGCUUAUGGCCUGAAUCGCUUUAGGGCCAGAUUCUAAAAACCCAAAUGGGCUCCUGAAUUCUCCCCCUCUGCCCCCAAACACAUCCCAGCCCCCUCAUGUUUCAGAUCCAUCUGCCCCUCCUCGCUGGGCUGGGAAUGGGGCAGUGUUUAGACUAGGGUUUAAUGUCCCAGUCCCUUCCAAGACGUAGGAUGGAACCUCAUCGGCUCUGCAGCAUCUGCCUGCUGGCUGGCUAAUCUAGGUGCCUUUCCCUGUUUCAACCCCUUCAGUUAUUUUGAAGAAAGCCACUAAUCUUUCAAAGGUAGAAGGCUUCCUCUGCUAGGAUAGCAUUGCUGGGCUAGUAGCUAAGGCAAGGAGUUUUCAAAGAUGCCUUGUGGGUGGAUUUGACUAUCCCACUCCAGUGGGAAUAAUCUGUUUUCCACGCAGCUGAUCAGACCUGGGCAUCGAAGGCCUGCUUUGUGUGAGGAGGUGGAAAUUGACAGAAUUUCUCCAUGUGCGGAUGCUCUAUUCUGGAAUAAUUCAUGGGCUUCCGAAGCAGAGCAACCGUUCUGGAAUAAAAUUCAUUCUGAAAUGGAGCAGGGACAUGAGUUAUUCCAGUCAAUAUCCACCCCAGACCAGCCCUUCGUCAAAUUUAGGUUUGAAAAGACUCGAUCUGUGUUUUUGUUUUAAGUUAUAUUUUAAACUAUUUAUUGUCUUUUUUUUAAAAAAACCCUAUUUCUGAUAUUUGGAACCAAAUCUUUCUAGAGGAGCAUAAACUUAUUUUAGUUUGUUUGUCCUGUGUGCUGGAACUUCAGGGCCAGCGCCUGCCUUAAGUAUCUGACUGUAAUUGUGCUGAAUCUAACUUAUUGCAAAAUUGGUUUCCUGUUUAUUUAUAGUGGUUUCACUCUGCCUUUUUUAUAGAUCUAUAAAAUUAAUAUAAUGGGUGAUUAUUUUUUUAUGGAUUGUAUCUAUUUCCUGACUGUAAUAAAACUCUCUUUUUGUGCA